GCUCUCACAUAUAGUUAUCACUGUUUUCUGCGAAUACACUAUUGUGAGGCGAGUAUCGUGAUAUAGCCCACAGACGGGGGGAUGGGAAGCAGAGGCGAUUGGCUCGUCAGGCACAGUCGGGGCUUGUUUCAAUGUAACCAGGGGCAGGUCGGCAGAAAGGGAAACAAUCAUUUAUUCAAUAUGAAACUGUAAAUGUUAACUGCGUUAUUGGGAAUCAUGAACUUUUGUAGCUAGACAACUCGUAAGAAAUGGAAGGAAUCUGGCUUACUAGUCAGAAGGUAAAUUUUUGUUUUCUGAGGGGACCGCCGGUCGAGCAAUAAAGUAGAGAAUGAGCACAAGGUCCUGGCCUAGUGGUAAUGCUGCGGCUAGGAUUUUGCAGAUCCGUUCUCACAAAUCAAGAAAAAAUCACGCUUCAUGUCCAAAUUUAAGAGGGUUUCGGUCGGUUUUGUUGUGACCAAGAUAUAAAUGGAUGGAGUCGUGUCCAUUUGAAUUAGACACAGGAACGGUCCACCCGAGAUUCAUUGGAAUGCAGCGCUAAUUACUCCGGAGUUUCUGGUUCGGUGGUCUCGCUCCAGGCGGAAACCAGAACAGCGCCCAGCUUUUGAGAAGAUACGCCACCGUGCCAUGCAUCUAUCAACAACUGCCCUGAAAGCCACAUCCUCCUAUGCCUACAAGCAGCAGGACGCCCCCUGCUACAGCCCACUGAGGAGACUCCAGCACCUGACCUCCAUGGUUUCUGGUCCAGACCUGGGUUUGGCACACCGAGACUCACAGGGUCGAAGUGGGUCACACACCCAGAAACCUAUGGGGCUGAAAGACCUUGGGUCCACUCUGGCCCACAUAUCACCACCAUUACCUGCCAACAAUGAGACUGGCACCUAUUUGCCAGGACAGGAUUCGGAUGUUAACGGAUUACCCCUGCACCCACCCGGCUUAUGUCUGGACCGUCCCAGUCAGGUCUCAAAUGGCACCCUGCACUUUGAGUCCACCCUGUUCGAGAAUGGGGAGGAGGAGGAAGAUGAAGAAGGGGAGUUUGAGGAUGACAAAGGACAAGGGAUGGGACUGAAAGGUUUUUUGAAGAAGGAGUGUAAGAGAAAAGUGUCUCCUAGCAGUGCCCCCUGCAGCUCCGGGGUGGAUUUGACGGCUGCCAGACGGGAUGUUGUUGCCUGUGGAGAGAUGGGAGCCGAACGGGCUGCUCCCACACCCAUGGCCUCCAAGGCCCCUCUGGACGAGGUUGAGUUCUCUGACGACUCCUCGGACAGCGACUUCGAGCUGCCCUCGCUGGGGUCUAUCGCUGACUCAUCCCAGGGUGUGGCUGAACCCUGCUCCUCCACCAAUCCUCCCACCAGCCCGAGGAAGAAGCCGCCCCCCGAGGUGAAGUUCUCGGUGGGGGACCUGGUGUGGGCAAAGUUUAACCGCCGACCCUGGUGGCCGUGCCAGGUGAUCGGCGACCCGCGGGACGGAAUGCACACUCGAAUGAAAGAGCCCAGUCGCAGGCCAUGUCGGCAGUACUUCCUGCGGACGUUUGGGGACACGGUGGACCAGGCAUGGGUCCCUGGCAAGGCCACCUGCCCGUUUGAGGGAGGCCACGAGUUCGACAACCUCCCCGUCCUGCGGAGGAGAGGGAGGCAGAAGGACAAAAAUUACAGAUACACGAUAGCAAAGCGGUUCUUGGAGGCAUGGAAAGUCAGUGUGCUGGAAGCAGAGGCCUUGCUUCCCGAGGCACUGAACAAGGCACUUCCUGUCACACCCACCCAGAAGAACAGCUGUGAGCCAAUCAGAGAGGAGCAGGUCUCCGAGUCUUCACCUGUCUCCAUGACACCCGUGUCUCCAGCUUGCCUUUUCAAUGGAAAAGCACUAACCCCGACAGAGCCCCCGCGACCAAAGGAAAGCGCUGUCAAGAAACCACCAAUCAGGAAGAAGUCCAAAACACCCAGCUCCAAAACGGCUGGACCAGUCCUGAGAAAGUCACCUGCCAAUCAGAUAGAGGCUGGAGACAGCCCAUAUGCUGACAUCGAUUCUGUGCCCAGGAUUUUGUGUCCCAAACCAGAGAAGACCUCAGAGAGGGACCCCCUAUCAGCCCCAUUGCCCCCUGGGAAAGGGGAGAGGCGGAAGGCCUUUGGGGCAGGAGGGGAUGGAGAAGGGAAUGGUCUGGUGGUGUCGGGGGCGGAGCUCGGGUCUUUGGAUGGGCCGCUCUCGGGGGGCGGGGCCACAGAGGAUACCACGGCAGAUCUCCAUGACAAUUCCAGGAAAGCCGUGGAAGUGCACUCAGCCUGUCUUCCUGCCAGCAGCCGGCUGAUGACCCGAGCGCUGCGCAGCCAGGAGCAGGCAGACCAGCGGGACAGGGUCCUGCGCAGCCGAAUGCGUGGCCGCAACCUCAGCCCACCGCCCCCUGCACCUGAGGAGACCCCAGAUGAUUCGGCCCCGACUGAAGUGCUUCCUGGCGCAUCCAAGUCCUCACAAUCCACUGUCAGUCCACAGCCCAUCCCUGAGACUACAACUCCCACAAGGUCUUGCUCUCCUUCUGCUUCUCCCCUCCUCAAGUACGCAGACAUGAAGGCCCACAGGGGUGGUGUUCCCAAUGGGCUGCUGAUCAAGCCGGAGGACGAGGGCGGCUGGGGCCCCGCUCACGUGAAGAGGGAGAACGGCGUGCCUGCCGUGCAGGUGAAACGCGAGGGCGGAGCUUCGGACGCCUCCUCCUACUGCUCCUCCUCGCCUCCUCUUUCCCCGAUGGAAGCCUUCCAGGACCUGAAGGAGAUCACGUUCAGGUCCCUGCUGGACGAGGACAGCGGAGCGCCAGGGAAGCCCGUCACCUUCCGGCCCGACGCCAACUACAAGUUCAGCACCUUCCUGAUGCUGCUGAAGGACGCACAUGACAGCCGGGAGAAGCGUGGCGCCCCCUUGAGCCCGGAAGGGGAAGCGCGGGGCCCGACCCGUGCUCUCAUGAAGGAGGAGCCGUCCCUCAUACCGUCCUCCACCCCAACAGCAGGCCAGAGGGCCGGACUCUGGACCACAGCAGAUUCCAAGAAGGUUCCGGAACUGAAGCCGAAACCCAAGAGGGUGAGACACAGGCCCAGACCCGCCCCCAAGAAGAAGGUCUCCAAAUACGAGGGGGACCCCGUGUUCUCGCCCUCCAAGUACUCGCGGCCCAAGAGGCCCCGCCCGUCGGAGAGCGGGCGGGCGGGCGCGGGCGGCGCCGUGCCGGCCGAGCUGGCGGAGCACGCGUACGGGCGGGGCGGGGCGGACGGGGGAGCGGGCGACUCCUCGCUCGGAGGAUUCUACGACGGCGCCCACGACGGCGGCGUCCACGGGAGGGCCGUGGGCGUGGCACCCAAGAAGCGCUGGCUAGAGCAGGGCGGGUUGGAGAUGGAGGGGCGGGCCGGGGGGGUGGAGCCCCAUGCCGAGGUGCCUUCGGAGCAAGGCGGAGCCUCCCAGUCAAAGAUGGAGGCGGGUGAACUCUCCCUCUCCCGAAUCCCUUCCACGGGGGGAGAUGCACCAGCCACACAUUCCGAAAAUAAACGUCUCAGAAAACCAAGCAAAAGACUGAUAGAGUGCACAGAGGAGUAUGACAAGAUCUACGCCGUGAAGAAAAAACCCAAGAAAUCUACUGAGGCAUCUGGGACGGACUCUGACCUCAGCAGUACAGAACAGAUCACAUCUGGGAAAGUGAUGCCAAACCCACUGAACUCGCUGCCAGAGAUGCAAACUCCACCCCCCGAGGAGCAAUCCAAGGCUGCUACUGGGCCAGCCCCUACCGUCCUGGAACAGACCCCUCCCCAGGAAGGCCAUGCCCUGCCCAUUGACACACUAACCCCGCCCCCUGAAGCUCCCUCUCCUGCGCUCCAGGACAAGAAGAGGCAGAGGAAGCCUACCAAAAAGCUCCUGGAGAGUACGGAGGAGACAGAGUUUCUUACUGUCCCAACCAAGAAGGAGUGUAGGGAUCCAGGAGAGGACUCAGAGAGCCAGGACAGUCAUGAGGUACUGGAUGAGGUGAAAGAUGUGGCGAAUGAAGUGCCUGAUUCCAGUUUGCCGUGGCAUGCUGCUUCUGAAGAUAAACAGGACAGCGCGCAAGGCCUGCAAAGUUCCUCUCCCACGCCCCGCCGGGAGAGCCUGGAGGGCGGGGCCACCUGGGACUCCCUGUGUGGGACAGAGGGGGAUGGUGAGGGAACGCUGGACUCGGAGGGCUUUUGCUCGGGGCGGGAGGACAGCAUGACCGGGGUGAAGGAGCCAUGUCUGGAGGACGGGAUGGCCCUCUGUAAGAGACCCCCGGGGGAGAAAGGGGGCGCCGCCUCCAUGAAGGAGAACGUGUGCCAGGUGUGUGAGAAGACGGGGGAGCUGCUGCUCUGUGAGGGUCAGUGCUGCGGGGCGUUCCACCUGCAGUGCAUCGGGCUGGAGGAGACCCCCCAGGGCCGCUUCAUCUGCAACGAGUGCAAAACGGGUGUGCACACCUGCUUCGUGUGCAAGAAGCCUGGCUCGGACGUGAAGCGCUGCAUGAUCCCCGUGUGCGGAAAGUUCUACCACGGAGAGUGCAUCGCCAAGCACGCCCCCACCAUGGCCCAGGGGCGGGGCUUCCGCUGCUCCCUCCACGUCUGCCUGUCCUGCUACAUCACCAACCCCGCCAACCCCUCCGUCUCCAAAGGCCGACUGACACGGUGCGUGCGCUGCCCGGUGGCGUACCACGCUAAUGACUACUGCAUGGCAGCCGGCAGCGUGAUCCUGGCCAACAACAGCUUCCUGUGUCCCAACCACUUCACCCCCCGCCGGGGCUGCCGAAACCACGAGCACAUCAACGUCAGCUGGUGCUUCGUCUGCUCUGAAGGGGGCAGUCUCUUGUGUUGCGAGUCCUGCCCUGCAGCCUUCCACCGCGAGUGUCUGAAUAUCGACAUGCCUGAGGGCAGCUGGUUCUGCAAUGACUGUCGAGCCAGCAAGAAGCCCCAUUACAAGGACGUACUGUGGGUCAAAGUGGGCAGAUACAGGUGGUGGCCCGCAGAGGUCACUCUCCCCAAAAACGUGCCUGAGAACAUCAUGCGUAUGAGGCACGAUGUGGGGGAGUUCCCUGUGCACUUUUUCGGCUCCAAGGACUACCUGUGGACCUAUCAGGCCAGAGUCUUCCCCUACAUGGAGGGAGAUGCCAAUAACAAGGACAAGAUGGGGAAGGGUGCGGACGCCAUCUACAAGAAAGCUCUGCAUGAAGCUGCUGCAAGAUUCCAGGAGCUGCAGGCAGAGAAAGAAAUGAGGCAGCUGCAGGAAGACCGAAGAAAUGACAAGAAACCCCCUCCAUACAGGCACAUAAAGGUGAACCGGCCAAUAGGAAAGGUCCAGAUCAUCACGGCCGACCUGUCGGAGAUCCCGCGCUGCAACUGCAAGGCGGCGGACGAGAGCCCGUGCGGCCUGGACUCGGAGUGCAUCAACCGCAUGCUGAUGUACGAGUGCCACCCGCAGGUGUGCCCGGCGGGCGAGCGCUGCCAGAACCAGUGCUUCACCAAGCGCCAGUACACCCCGGUGGAGAUCUUCCGCACGCUGGCGCGCGGCUGGGGGCUGCGCAGCAUCACCGACAUCAAGAAGGGCGAGUUUGUGAACGAGUACGUGGGCGAGGUGAUCGACGAGGAGGAGUGCCGAGCUAGGAUCAGACACGCCCAGGAGAACGACAUCUGCAACUUCUACAUGCUGACUCUGGACAAGGACCGGAUCAUCGACGCCGGGCCCAAGGGGAACCAGGCCCGCUUCAUGAACCACAGCUGCCAGCCCAACUGCGAGACCCAGAAGUGGACGGUCAACGGGGACACGCGGGUCGGGCUCUUCGCCCUGGUGGACAUCCCCGCAGGAGUGGAGCUCACCUUCAACUACAACCUGGAGUGCCUGGGGAACGGCAAGACCGUGUGCAAGUGCGGCGCCCCCAACUGCAGCGGCUUCCUGGGCGACCGACCCAAGAACCAGCCCUCGUCGGAAGACAAGAACCGCAAGUUUAAGAGGAAGAUUCCGGUGAAGAAGAAGAGCAAGCUGGAGGUGCAGAGGGAGCGGGAGGACGAGUGCUUCAGCUGUGGAGACGGGGGCCAGAUCGUCUCCUGCAAGAAGCCGGGCUGCCCCAAGGUCUACCACGCCGACUGCCUCAACCUGUCCAAGAGACCCGCGGGGCGCUGGGAGUGUCCAUGGCACCAGUGUGACGUGUGCGGGGGCGAGGCGGCCUCCUUCUGCGAGAUGUGCCCCAGCUCCUUCUGCCCCCAGCACCGGGAGGGCAUGCUGUUCAUCUCCAAACUGGACGGCCGGCUGUCCUGCAGCGAGCACGACCCCUGUGGUCCCGACCCGCUCGAACCUGGAGAGAUCCGCGAGUACGUGCCCCCCCCGGGCCAGGCCCCCCCAAAGCCCAUGGGGGUGCUCCCGCAGCUGCCCCCCCUCACCGCCGGCGCUGCCGUCACCCCCUCUAUGACCUGCCCCUCCCAGCCUGCCCCUAAACCGGCCCUCGGCCCCGCCCCCCCACCCCUCUACAUGUCUGACUCCUCCUCCAGCGCCCAGAAAUGCCCCGCCCCCAAGCGCGAGAGCGGCGGAGAGGUCGACAAGGAAGAUGGCGAGGGCGAGGGGCUCGAAGAAGAGGAAGGGGAGUUGGAUGAAGAGGGGGAGGAGUUUGGGGAGGAAGAAGAGGAGGAGGAGGAGGAAGAGGAAUUUGAGGAAGAGGGUGAUGCUGAGGAGGUGGAAGAAGAGGAGGGGCUUGAAGAGGAGGAGGAGGAGGGGAUAGAUGAAGAGGGGGAGGGGCUCGAUGAAGAGGAUGGGUUAAAUGGAGAGGAGGAGGGGCUUGAGGAUGAGGAUGAGGUGUUUGACAAAGAGGGGGAGGGGUCUGAGGAUGAUGCCGAUCCUGACGGGGCGGACCUAAAGGACGUGGCAGCGGAGUGA